AGAUUUGUUCAAGUGACAGUGUAGUAGUGACACAAGAAUUGUGACAGGCAAAAUUUGUCACAAUUUGUAAUUUUUAAGAAGUUUUAAAUAUUAAGUAACAAUCCUAAGAUUGUUCAGCAAGAGUUUUGUUAAUCAAAACAAGUAUCGUUUAACAAUAAAUAACCCAAAACCCACUGAAAAUAACAACACCUAAAAUGAAGAACUUUGGAAGUAUAAACAAAUAUAACAGAUUCAAGAAAUUUAUUUUCUAGUUUACACAUUUGAAUUCAAUUAUUACACAAAUUUAAGAGUUCAAAUGUACCUAUGUACAUCUGUAUUAUUACAAAUACAUCGAAUGAAAUUGUUAAUAAACUGAUUCAAAACUGAAAAUUGAAACAUAACCUUGCUAGAAAAGUACGUGGGGACAGGUUCGUAUAAAAGCUUUCAUUUAAGGAGGGUGCGGCUGUUUACGUCUUUCCAUACCGAUACAUUAAGUGACCGUUCCAGAUGAAAAUUUACGUUUUAGCAGCGGCCGUUGUCGCCGUAGCUGCCGCAGCUAAUAACAACAAACAGUACACCACGCCCGUACCGAUUCUCAAGCAAAUCGACAAACAUAACGAAGACGGCAGCUACAGCUACGGUUACGAAGCUGCUGAUGGUACAUUCAAAAUCGAAACCAAAUACCCAAACGGCGAAGUAUACGGCAAAUACGGAUACAUCGAUGACGCUGGUGCUUUGAGGGAAGUAGAAUACGGGGCUAGUAGAAGAGGCUUCGAACCUGCCGGCAAUGAAAUUCAAGUAGCUCCACCAACUCUUAAUUCUAAUCGUAAUGCUAUUCGUCCUCUCGGGCCCGAAGAAGAAGACGACGGACAGUACCGCGAAGAUCCUGCAGAUUAUUACAAAAACGAUCCUUACACACAACCCCGACAGCCCAUCAAUAACCCAACACCAAGAUAUCGUCCGGAAUCCGUAUAUAGACAAGAACCUGAUACUUUCGAACCAGAAAUAGUCCAACCGUCCUACAGACCCCAACAAUCUUAUAGAGCGCAAAAUACGUAUCGACCUCAAACGUCGUUCAGGCCUCAACAAUCUUACAAACCUCAGAGUUAUUACAGAAACGAUCCGGAACCUAGAUAUUACGAACCGGAACCUCAACCGCGUCCGCAGCCUGUGUAUCGACCACAAUCAAAUUUCGGUUUUCGAAACGAUAAUAAUAACAAUUGGAAUCCUACGCCUGCACCUACUUGGAACAAUAACCCCAGUUGGAAUAAUCCCCCACCGAACGGCGGCGGUCCGUCUUGGGCAGGAAAUCCGGCUCAAAACGUCGAUAUUUAUACUGGAUCAUACACAGUUCAAUACAAGAGAUAAGAACUGAGAGAUUUGGUAAAAAUUGUGCAAUGGAAAUCAAUUAACGGAGAGAGUUUUUUUCAUUUUGGAGAAAUUUACUAUUUUGAGGUUAUGUUGUUGUGACUUUAGCUUGAGUUUUACUUUUUAUUUCGGCGUUUUCCGUUGUGUUUGUCUUUUUGAAUAAUUAAUAUCUUUCACUGUGUAUAAUCAUAAUUUAUCUCCAUCCUUUCAUCCACUUUCUCACUUAACGUUUUUCUUAAUAACUCCAAUCUGUUUAUUCCUUUUCGACUUUGGAUUAUUCGUCAAUUUAAAGGCUUGUUUCUUCAGAGAUAAGACGUAUUUAAAAAACUUUAACUAUAAUUGCUGCAUCUAAAUGUCAUUUACAUAGUCUGUACAUCUUUGCCUUGUGAUAAAUCUUCUCUUUCCAUAUGCCGCUGAAAUAUCCUCAAAUCUUUUUCAAUCACUUCUUAUCAUUCGCCUCCCUUUCUUCGACAUCACCACUUCCUUUGGUUCCUUCGUCUUGUUGGAAGAAAAAUUUUCCUAUAAUCGCCUAUUCAUAUCUUUUAUGAUGAUGCUACCAAAACUGACGCUUACUUAUACAUCAUCAUUAACGCUUUGAAAUAUGUCUUUAACUGUCACAAAGAUGUCGCUAUAUGUACCAAAUCGCCUAUAUAGUCAAAUAAAAUCAUGUUAACUGAUCAUCGAAUAGUCGAAAACAUAUGUGGCGACAUCUAUUAGGAGAUUUGGUGAUGUAACAAACAUAACCUAUAAAUUUGAAAUUUCGUAACGAUCAUUAAUAAUUGAUUUUCAUUUGAACGAAAGUGAUUCGCACUUAGAAACAUAAUUUUGUAAUUUAUUUGUAGUACAACAUCAUUAGGACAUCUUUUUAUGACUGAAAUAUACAGGUUGUUCCUUGAUAUUAUAAUAAAAUCAAUUUUUUUCUCUUUUUUCUGAUAUUUUUCGUACUAUUGUCUCGUACUAUUCUCGAUUAUACCUAAAGAAGACGAGAAUUAAUUUUAAACAAAACAUCCUGUAUAUUAUUUAUAUAGAUUCUCCCUAUUUGAUGUUGCAAAUUUUAUUAUUAAACUGUACCUAUUAUAUUCAAUGGAAAUAUAAUUUUUUAUGGAA